AUGGGUGUUGAUUUUGAAAGAACGGUUAAAGAUUUUUUAACUUUUUAUAAAGUUCAAUCGCCGAAAAUAACAUUUUCAUUUGAUAAUACCAUUUAUAACUCGACAAUAUUUAUAAAACAAGAUUUUAUAACAUUGAGUAAAAAGUAUUUGAGUAUUCCAGUCAUUAUAUUUGGUAAUGAAGUUAAACCUGUUAAAGGAUUAAGAAAUAUAGUCACUAAAUUUUCAAAUUUUAAAUCUGAAAAUAUAGAAGAUCAUGCUGUACUCGAUGAUUGGUUAGAAUAUAUUGAAACACAUUCUGUAGAUUUUGAUGCUCUUUCAGUCCUGAGGGAAGUUAAUGAUUAUUUGGAAGACAAAGUAUAUUUUGUAGGGUACAAAUAUGGACCAAUAGAUGUUUUAAUGUAUUAUUUAUUAUACAAUAUUUAUUCCACAUUCACAUACCAAGAUAAAGAAAAUUACACAUAUGUAUCGAGAUGGUUUAAUACAAUGCAACAUUUAGAUAAUUUUAAAUUGGGAAAACCGAUUAUUCCCUUUACUAGGUGUUGUUUAUAUACUUAA